AAAAAAAAAAAAAAAUCUCCACCCACACACAUUGACACAAUCAACGCCCAAAACUAGUGAAUACGGAGUACAUGAACAAAAAAUACUGACUGACCUAUUAAACGGUUAAAGAGGCAUACCGUGUACGUCUUAGCAUAAAAAGCGGGAAAUUGGAAAGUGGAAAUUGGAAAUUGGAAAGUGCUUCUGCAACACCGCUCACUGUCGUUUCAUUUCAAAACCCUCAAAAACAGCUGAAGCUUACUUCAGCAACAAUGGCGACUCUCCCAAUUAAGAUGAUCGCCGAAAUUCUCAAACGACUACCUGCAGAACUACUUAUCCGCUUCACAAUCGUCUGCAAAUCCUGGAAUUCCUUAAUUAAAACCCCUAGUUUCAUCAAAUUACACCUCAAUCAAACCCUAAUUUCAAAUUCUCAUCGUCAUAUCCUACUAUCCUAUUCUUCUCUCCAUUCUGCCGAGCUCGACCUCCAACCUAACCACAUCUCUUUCUCGGAGCUCAACCACCCGCUCAAACCCUGCGAAGUUGUCAUUUUUGUUGGUAUGUGCAACGGCGCCGUUUGCAUCUCCGACGACUCCAGAAACAUCGUCUUCUUAUACAAUCCUCUCACCAAAUCGCACCUUAAGCUCCCCGCCAGUCAAAUUAUAGACCUUAACAAAGAUGGUUUGGUGUACAGGUUCGGGUUUGACAGCAAGAGCAACGAUUACAAGGUUUUGAGGAUGGUUCAGGGGAUUCGUAAUGACGAGAAUUAA